AUGUCGCUUGUCCUGAUUACCGGUGCCACCGGUUUCAUCGGCUCCCAGGUGGUCUGGGAUGUACUGAAAGCUGGCUAUCGCGUGCGGUUGGUCGUCCGUCGUGCCGAGCAGGCGACCAAGCUCGAGCGGAUUUAUGACUAUGCAAAGGAAUUAGAGUUUGCUGUCGUUCCCGACUUGACAAUUGAUGGAUGCUUCGACGAGCCACUACAGGGAGCGGAUUAUGCUUUGCACCUGGCCUCUCCACUGCCUGGUGCCGGGGAUGAUCUCCUAAGCCCUGCUGUACGAGGAACUGUUUCGAUCCUGCAUUCCGCGCUCAAGGUGCCAAGCAUCAAGAAAGUUGUCGUGACUGCCUCGGCGUUGUCAAUCAUUCCGUUGGGGCCAACUAGAGAUGGAUUGAUUGUGAAAGAGACGACGGAGGUUGAAGAUGUCGACCCAGCCCAGGUUGCUUCGUGGAACCCAUUGGAUCAGUAUCACGCCAGCAAGAUCGCGUCUUACAAAGCGACGCUGGACUUUGUGCGUGACCAACAUCCCAAAUUUGAUGUGGUUACUCUGCAUCCGGUCUUUGUCUUCGGCCACAAUCACGCACAGGAAUCAGCCGAUCAGCUAGGCGGCACUUGUGGCAUGCUGUACCAGGCAAUCACAACGGGGAAGCUAUUCGCCACUCAGUACCGGGGUGUUCAUGUUCACGACGUUUCUGCUGCGCAUGUAAAGGUUUUGGAUAGCUCUAUACAGGGACUGCAGUCAUUUUUGUUGGCCGCACCACCGAGAUCAUGGGCAGAUGUUGAGGCUUUUGUUCGUCAACAUUAUCCCGAUCUGCCCAUCGGUAUCCAGGCCCAAGAAGGACCAAGCUAUGUGCUCGACACAUCAAAGGCCGAGAGAGAGCUGGGGUUGACAUGGAAGGGAAUGGAAGAACAAAGGCUGCAUGGUGGUAUUUGA